AUGUCAAACAGUGCAGAAGCCUCGGCUGCUAGUGGUUCCGGCACUACUCCCCACCCUCCCUCGGCUUCCACCGCUGAGAAUUCUCAAGGUGGCCCUAAGAAGAUUAAUCUUAACCACUCAAUCUUCUUCGAAGACCUCUGCCUCCUCCGUCCACCUGGCCUUCCUAUAAUCGAAGACUUUAACCAUACAGAUGCUGUAGUGUUUCGCUAUGGGGAUUACCAACCUGAGCCUGAUAAGAGAACAAAGAGCAGAUCUGCAUCUCAUGGCUUUGCUGAUGUUAAAGUAAAUAUUAUUGACGGGCGCAUGGUCGAGGAGUCUGCAACCGAUCCAAAAGACAGCAGAGUAUCCACCAAAACGGGCAUUCCUGAGCCUCCUCAGGCUACAUAUGAGAUAAUUCCCUUGGCUAGAAUGACAAAUGUCGCGACCACUGAUGAUGGGAACAACUUCUGGCUGAAGAAAGAUGGCCCGGCUCAUGUGCAGAUUCCUUAUAUUCAAAACUUUGCUCAAGAUAACAUUCAAGCUCCGGAUCAGAAACUGUUCGAUCUCUCCUCCGAUGUUCAAUACGACCCCGAUGUAUUCAGAACAUACGGGGCGCGCCCACUCAUCAACGCUGUAAAAGUUCAAGUUGGGAAUACCUCUCAUAAUAUCUUCGUCGGACUACCCUAUCUGGGGUGCGGGCCAGAGAACGAUAGAAAUGAGAGUGAUAGCUUUCCCCAAGAUGAGAUUGAGAAUGGCUUGACACUCCCCUAUUAUAGAGGUUGUCCAGGGGGGGCAGAAAAAACAGGCUGCGGGCUGCGUGUCUGGCAGUCAUGGCAUAUCCUCUUCGACAAUACCAGACUCGCCCUCAUUAAAUCCCCUCACUCCCCGCUCUCUAUGCGUGCCCCACUCUUCGGUCAUCAGGCUACUAUGGGCCCUUUGCACGCACUUGCGUUGAUCAUCGGUAACCAGCUCCUGCAUGAAGUACAACCGCUGGAGGUACUCAGCACGGCCGUAAAGAAACAAAUUUCGGAUCUGGGUGCAAAGCUGAGCGCGCAUGCCUCACUGAACCUCAGUGAGAUCACUCCGGAGGUGAAACAAAUAUACCAGUGUGCGAAAAAGGACUCUAUUGUCCUCAUUCAAGAGCAUCUCUUGAACGUAGAGACAAUUAUCACAGUUGUGGGGGAGCAAUCAAAGAUCCUUCAGGCCCUGGCAACUAUCACCACUAGCCAACAACUUCCCCACUUGAGACCGACCUUCACCAACGCCGUACCAUUAACGCAUUUUGACGCCCAGGGCGAGCAGCUGAGAUAUACACGGGGGAUAUUCGAGCAGUUGAUUACGGGAAGGGAAAGGCUGUUGGCUGAUAUGGAAAAGUUGCAGAAUGAGCUGCGGGGUGAGCUACGGAUGGUCCGAGAUACAAUGCAGACGGAAUCGACACAGAAAACUAGCGUGCAGAUGAAAAAUCUUUUAGCAAGGCAGGGACAGACUGUAUCGGUCUUUGCGGUUAUAACGGCUAUAUUUCUCCCGCUGGGGUUCUUUGCUCAGUACCUAGGGAUGAACAAUGAUGUAUGGUCAGGCAUAACCACCCAUGAAAAGUUCUGGAGGGUUGCGGGACCAAUCACAGUGUUUGUGACGGCAUUGCUGAGUUACUUCAUGUUCCGGAACGACGACGAUAUCAAACGUGAUAUUAUGAGGAUCACGCCUUGGGAAAUCAACUGGGAACACGGUGAAAAGACACCGAGACAAGUUCCAGCAAUGACGGGGGCAGGACCAGUGCAGAAUGAGAAGUCAAGUAAGGUGCCCGGUCAAGCGACCGGCGGGGAAACCAAAUCGCACCAAAAAAGGCUAAAUAAAUCCAAGAGCUCUUCCACCCCUACCAAUUCAGCAUCACGGGGAAACGGCACCCUCAAUUCCGGCGUAGUAGCUGAGGGGGACGACAGGAUCGCCACGGGACCAGGACGAGGGAGCACUCAGCCACAGGCGGCCGGAGGUUCCGGAAACAUCGAUCAACUGACCAAUGGGGGUCAGGAAAACAGCGCCGCACCCCUCAUCGGUAUAGUAAUCGAAGGGGAUAAUAUGACCACCACUGGACCAGGACGAGGCAGCGCCCAUCCACAGGCGGCCGGAGGUUCUGGAAACCUCAAUCCACCGACCAAUGGGGGGCAGGAAAACAGCAUCGCACCCUUCACCGGUAUAGCAUUUGGAGGGGACGACAGGACCGCUACAGGAUCACGACAAGGCAGCGCUGACUCACCGGUGACCGGAGGAUCAGGAAACCAUACGCAACCGGCCGGUGGAGAAAGAAGAUGGUAUCAAGGAAUUCGAAUACUGCGUAGAUUAAAGGGAUCUUCCACCCGUGCCAAUUCAAUAUCGCCGGAAGAAGGCACCGAAUCACUCACCAGGCCGUAG